AGUCAGGGUGCCGCCAACGUGCAUGUCGCUUGUCGUUUGUGCUGCAUAGAGCGAACGUUGGCAAGAUUUGCUGGCGGGCUCGCGCAGGGCUCGCUUGAGGCUUGUUGGGACUUGCGGGGGCCUCGCUGGGCUCUCUCCGAGAGCAUAAAGGGCGGCUGAAUUUCCCUCACGAAUCGAAAGUAUCACCCAUCUCCCCCCAGAACAUCCCACUGUUACACCUACUCUUGCCAGCCAUGUACAAGCUGCCUUUCUUCCUUCUGGCCCUGCUGGCCAUCACCGCCCGCCUGGCCGAGGCCAGCGCCUGGGCCCAGUUCUGCAACACCGACGACUGCAACGACUGCGGCGAGUCGGUGGAGAUCACCAACCCGGGCUGCCUCAACGAGAGCGGCCGCAAGACGAUCAAGUUCCACGGCUACAGCCUCACCUCGGGCGCCGAGCUGAUCCAGCUCGUCGUCUCGCCAUCCCCCGACUGCCCUUGCGAGGCCUCGUGCUCCACCGUGCGCACCGGUGCCGCUGGUGUCGAGUGGACCGGCGUCUUUGGUGUCAUCGGUGGCGGCGGCUGCAUGGCCAUCCCCCCUGGCCAGAGCUUCCGCUUCCAGAGCCAGUCGUGCUCGCAGUACUCCAACUGCCCCUCGAAGCGCAACCUGCUCGCCUCGGGCGGCUACAAGAACCUUGACCACGUCGCCGAACGCGACCUCGUCAGCCGCGGCCUGGCCAACACCACCCUCGAGGAGCGCUCCGUCUGCGGCACCUACGUCCAGUUCUGCGACGACGAGUACUGCACCAAGAACUGCGGUAUUGCCGUCUGCACCACGAACCCCGGCUGCCUCAACGAAAACGGCCGCCAGACGAUCCGGGGCGUCUAUGGCCAAAUCAACGACGCCGCCAAGCUCGUCGUCAGCCCUACGCCCGACUGCCCGUGCCAGAACAACUGCGUGGGCAUGAGCGAGUCCUGCCAGGCCAUUCCCGCGGGCCAGUCCUACCGCUUCGUGACGGGCCAGGACUGCGACCCCAACAACUGCUGAGCUUGCUCCUUCUUCUUGGCUCUCAAUAAGUGUCUUCAACAAACGCGCCGUCCACUCCCCACUGUAAGGAAAUGAAGUCUUCUCCAAUAAUAUUAUGCCUUUUGCUGCUGCGCGUGAUAUCGGACGCAGACAGCAUCAGAGGGGAUCGGACGGACUCGGGAUGCUCUCAUAUCCGUCUCCAGUGAAUGGGAGGAUGCUUGGACGGGGCGUGGCAGUCCAGGACGG